AUGAAGAAACAGAAUCUCAAAUAUUCAACACGCGACCUUCAUUCUGAAAUAACUAAAACCAAAUCGGAUAUCAAUUUGUAUCGAAGAGGCUCUUUAAAGGGCACCACUGCUAUUACACAGCAAGACAAUCACCAUGUGACAGAAGUCUGCUCUGAAGGAUUUAGCGAUAAGAAAAUUAAACCGUUCAGGAUUACACCAAUAGUUGUCACUGCCAACGAAACUAUUUUAACAGACGUCGACAUUCGAUCUCUUGUUGACAUGGGCCUCUCAAUAAUCAGAUUUAGAAUGACUAUGAUAUCAAGAAGUCAUCAAAUAAAAUUACUUGAAUGCCUAGAACAUGCUGAGGCAUGGAUGUGUGAGAAAUAUGGCACCAGUGCUUGGCCACUAGCCAAGUGUUUGGAUUUGCCCAACGCUACGAUCAGAACAGGCUACAUAGAUGAGAAUAUUAAAGACUUACCGGUAAUAAUGAAAGAAAACAGUAUAGUGACUGUAACAAGUGACGUACAGUACUGGAACAAAUGCUCAGGCUCUCUUAUAUAUAUCGAUGACACGCACACCCUGAAACACUUCACCCCGGGCGUCGAAAUGACUUUGUAUUGCGGAAUAGUACUACACUGCCAAGAGCUCAUGGAUAAACAUACUGCCAAAUUUAAAGUAACCAUUGGAGGCGAAUUUGAAGAUCACCAGUAUGUAUGCUUACGCAGCGUCAUGUAUCGGCGACCUUCUCUGAUGAAGAGAGAUUUGGAUCUGAUCAAAUUCGCUCAAAAGUAUCGUUUUGAUGUUUUAAGUAUUUAUACAGUUCGCUCUCCAACUACAAUACUCAUGUUAAGGAAGUUACUGGGAAAUGAUUAUAAACCUUUAAUUCUAAGUGUUAUAUGCGACCAACAAGGACUAGACUGCGCCCAAGACAUUAUUGAUGUACGUAAUUUAAUACUUAUACAUGGAUGA